AUGGUGUCUUCUUGGCCUGAUAUCUCUCAUCUUGCGACAUCCAAACCGGAACACAUCGGUGUCCUACGACAAAUGGGUCCUCAAGUCAAGUGGCCUCCUAAGAUGAACGCCGCAGAGGCUAAUCGAAACCCCAAGCGAUGGUGCGAAUUCCAUAGUGACCAUGGUCACACUACGGAGGAUUGCAUGGCCCUGAAGAUGGAAGUCGCCGAACUCCUCAAGAAAGGCUACCUAAGGGAGUUCCUUUGGGAUAAGGCCAAGAACCUUCUAAACAAGGAAGGUCCCGGUCUCCCAAUCGAAGCUACUCCCGCAUUGCCACCGCAGCAAGAUCGGGUGAUCCAUGUCAUCUCAGGCGGAUCGGAGAUAAGCGGAAUCAGCAGUGCCACUGCCAAAAGAAGUACUCGCAACGCCAGGAACGGCCAAGAGGCCGAGGGUCCUAAGCGCCUACUCCUCGGGACAGACGAGAUCAGCUUUACUGCGAGGGAGCAGGAGAGGGUCCUGGCUCCUCACCAUGAUGCUCUUGUCAUUUCACUUACCAAAGCAAACUGCUUGGUCAAGCGAAGACUAGUAGACAACGGGAGCUCCAGCAACAUAAUCUUUCAUUCGGCCUUCGCCGAUCUAGGGUUGGAAUCUACAGUGCUAACUAGGAAGACGACUACCCUUGUAGGUUUCAGUGGAGAAGUCAAACAAACCUUAGGAGAGAUCCUUCUCCCCGUGUACGCUGAGGGGAUAAACCAAGCCACGAAGUUCCUGGUCGUCGACUGCCCUUCAUCGUAA